AUGUCAGGUAAUAUUUUUUUCUGAAAAAACAGAGCGACCAGUUCUGCAAGAGAUCUUCCUGAUUCCAUCAGUGAUUCGCUCUGUGAUGGUGGUUCGGCUCAAGUGGCCGUGCCACUCCACAAAUGCACUCUUUGCUUUUGUUUUUGAGUUCUCGCGCAGUGAAAAGAGAAGGCAAAGGGGACAGUCAGAACGAUUGUGCACAAGUGAUGAAGACGAGUGAUGACUGAUGAAAUUUGCAGUGUUAGCGAGUAUGAUGUCAUCGGGGGAGGACGAGGAGCAGGCGGCGGCCGACGAGCAGGAGAGAUCCGACCUUUGGCAGCAGACGUUGCAGGUCAGUUCUUCUUUCACGAAAUUUCACAAAAACAAACGGAAGUUAUCGAGAAUAUCAAACAGGCCAAAAACCAUGAAAAACUAUCGGCACAAAACAGUUCUCCAAGAAAUAAGGGCAGGCCCCUUGUUCCCCCACCUUCGGCUCCAUCUGAUCUGAAUCUAAAUGGGGCGUCCAUCCAUCGUGUCUUUGUCCGUCCCAGAAUACAUUUCUAUAUAAAAACCAUAAAUCCAUCGACGGGUUCCGGCCCCUAUAUUUCCAAUCUCGCGCUUGCCCAUCAAUCCCGGUUCUUACCCGUCCCCGGGUCCCAAUUUCCUGUGCGGCAGUCAUGAUCCAUGCCCAUAAAAAGAGCCUUCCGAGCCCGAUAGUAUCAUUCGGCAAUGCCUUCCCUGGCCUACGAAAUCCGUGAGCUCUACGCCGAUAUCUAUGGAUACUUUGACGGGCUAGGUCCACUUCUGUGGUUGAGAUUUCAGGUAAGUGAUAGGAAAUCAAUCGGUCAGAGUCAAAGUUACUCAUUCCCAUCCAUCUCUUUCUUUCUCUCUAUUGAAAAGUUUGGUGGUGUCGAGAGCGCGGCGCGGAGAGAAAGAGUUGUUAUGCGGCGCUCCGUCGUCGUGGGCUCUCUCCGAUCUGAGCAAUCUCUCGUCGUCGGGAUUCUGAUUGAACGCAGGCAGCCGGUACGUGAGAGUGUGUAUCAUCGAGUGUAAUGUGCGGGUGGCGAAGACGCAGGGAUCCAUAGAAAGUUGAGGGUGGAAUCUGGAGAGUUUAGGGAUUGAGGGCAGAAGUCUCAUGGAGAGUUCUUAGAAUCCACUACCAUGUUAUGCAAGCAGAGCAAAUGGAAAAACCGUAAAAACUGUAAUAGAAGGGCACCCCAGCACAAUUCAUUUAAGACGACAUAUAUAUGCUGCCGAUGGAGAUAUCAAAAAGUUGCCUAACAUAUUGUGUACAUUUUCUCAGUUGAUCACUUUUUGAUAUCUCUACAGGCAGUUGAGAUAUAUAGUUUUGAAUGGAAGCUAAUUUUUACGGUAUGAUUAUGAUGAACGCGCCCAAACGAUUGACAAUGAAAUACUCUCGUAAUACAUGGAAAUGAUUAAUGGGUAAAAACACAUCCGUCACAGAAGCGGCAAUCUGCACUCUUCAAUUUCCCCUUCAACUUCACAUGAACUUCAAAACGCCGUCAUUAUUCAAUCGUCCCAACCCUUCCAUCUUCCGCACGUUGAUUGUUGCUUCGACAAUUUUUCUUUCUCCGUCAAAAAAGACAAUCCGCCAGCACAAGUUGGACACAAUGUGGAUAUGAUUAUGGAGUUGAAUAGUCCUUCGUCUUCUCCUUCUUCCUUUUCUUCUUCUUUUUCUUUUCCCUCACCCCUUACAACAUUUUUCUUCGGCUCCUCCCCUUUUCUUGCACCGAGAGCAACUACAAAAGAAUGGCAAAGCGAACAAAAAACAAAGGAGAAGGCGGAUGAUAUAAGGGGAGGAAGCUCGUGUAUUAUGAUGAAGAAGGGAGGCGCUGGAGUAGAAAGAAGCCGAAAAAGCUCUUAUGCAAAUUGACAAAUGAUCGUAUUCAUGGGUUUUGGGAGGAAGAAGAGCGCCUUCCUCCGCCGCCUUGAGAGAGCCACACCGACUGGGAAGAAACUGAAAUUCGAAACCGGCCACUGACCGAUUUCGCAUCCUUUUCGGGGCAAGAGAAGCCAAAAAGAAUAAGCGAGUGAGAAGGGGGCUCACGAGAAAAAACUUAUGAAGAAUGCUUGAUGACGUGGUAAUAGAGUGUCCGUAAUUGCUUUGAAGUUGAAUUGAAAAAAACGACGAUGAUAUCAUAUCUGUUGAUUGCAGGCCGCGGUGGCAGCGUCCUCAUCACACGAUGCCACGAAAAAACGGCCCGCACAACGGAAACCUCUUCGACAAACGAACGUCGUCGAGCGAUCCGAACGGUCACUUCUCUGCCUCUCCCUGAGUAAUCCGAUCCGAAAACUGUGCAUCAGUAUUGUUGAAUGGAAGUGAGUUUGUUCCCUUUAACGUCAUUUCAUCGUCUUUUUACAGACCAUUUGAGUUUUUAAUAUUGUUUAUGAUAUGUGCCAACUGUAUCGCUCUAGCCAUCUACCAACCGUAUCCUGCCCAAGAUUCGGACUAUAAAAAUACAUUACUCGUGAGUUUUUCCCUCCUAAUUCUUUUGGUUGAAGAGACAACGGAUAAUAAUUUCAGGAAACAAUUGAAUACGUGUUUAUUGUUGUAUUCACGAUAGAAUGUGUGCUCAAAAUAGUUGCUUUUGGAUUUCUAUUUCAUCCUAGUGCAUAUCUACGAAACGCAUGGAAUAUCCUCGAUUUUAUCAUUGUUGUCAUAGGGUGAGUUGUUGAUCCAUUUAUCGUUUCUAGACUCAUUUCCUUUUCAGACUCGUGAGUACAAUUCUAUCGAAAAUGUCGAUCCAGGGGUUCGACGUGAAAGCGUUGCGAGCAUUUCGUGUGCUCCGACCGCUCCGUCUCGUCUCCGGAGUUCCCAGUUUACAAGUCGUGCUCAAUGCCAUCCUCAGAGCAAUGAUUCCUUUGCUCCACAUCGCAUUGCUUGUUCUCUUCGUCAUUCUGAUCUAUGCGAUCAUUGGCUUGGAACUGUUCUGCGGAAAACUUCAUGCCACGUGUAUAGAUCCGGCGACGGGGCAGUUGGCACAGAAAGAUCCGACGCCUUGCGGAAACGACGGAACAGCGUUCAAGUGUCGCCCGUCGGACUCUCUGACAAACAUGGGCGUCCGAUGGGAGUGCUCGAGCAACACCUCGUGGCCUGGUCCCAACAACGGAAUCACAAAUUUUGACAACUUCGGACUCGCUAUGCUCACAGUGUUCCAAUGCGUUUCACUCGAAGGAUGGACCGAUGUGAUGUACUGGGUGAACGACGCAGUUGGCAGGGAGUGGCCCUGGAUAUACUUCGUCACUCUUGUCAUCCUCGGCUCUUUUUUCGUGCUCAAUCUUGUGUUGGGUGUGUUGUCUGGAGAGUUCUCAAAGGAAAGAGAGAAGGCAAGAGCAAGAGGACUAUUUCAAAAGUUUCGAGAAAAGCAGCAACUGGAAGAAGAUCUGAAAGGGUAUCUGGAUUGGAUAACGCAGGCGGAAGAUAUCGAGCCGGUGAACGAAGAUGAGCAAGAAGCGGAGCCAGCACAACAAGCGGUAGUCGGAGAAGAAGCGGACGAAGAAGGCGAAGAAAGAGUGGAAGACGUGAGGCCGAGCAAAUGGGCAGCCAGGAUGAAGAGACUGGAGAAGCUGAACAGGAGAUGUCGGAGGGCAUGCAGACGAUUGGUCAAGAGUCAGACAUUCUACUGGCUGGUCAUUUUGCUCGUGUUGCUCAACACUCUCGUGCUCACAUCCGAACAUUAUGGACAGUCCGAGUGGCUCGACCACUUCCAAAGUAAGUCUUGAUUUAUUCUGAACAUUCUAAAUUGCUCCACUUUCAGCUAUGGCUAAUCUGUUCUUUGUGAUCCUUUUCUCAAUGGAAAUGCUUCUGAAGAUGUACUCGCUUGGCUUCACCACGUACACAACAUCGCAGUUCAACCGAUUCGACUGUUUUGUCGUCAUCAGCUCCAUUCUCGAGUUCGUCCUCGUCUACUUCGAUCUGAUGAAACCGCUCGGAGUGUCCGUGUUGCGUUCCGCACGUCUUCUGAGAAUCUUCAAGGUGACCAAAUACUGGACUUCGCUCCGCAAUCUGGUCUCUUCCCUCUUGAAUUCUCUUCGUUCCAUCAUCUCCCUGCUGCUCCUGCUUUUCCUGUUCAUUGUCAUCUUUGCCUUGCUCGGAAUGCAAGUGUUCGGUGGAAAGUUCAAUUUCAAUCCGCAGCAGCCGAAACCAAGAGCCAACUUUGACACGUUCGUGCAGGCACUCCUGACCGUAUUUCAAAUUCUGACCGGUGAGGACUGGAACACAGUUAUGUACCACGGAAUCGAGUCGUUCGGAGGAGUCGGAACCCUCGGAGUCAUCGUCUGCAUCUACUACAUCGUGCUGUUCAUCUGCGGUAACUACAUCUUGCUCAAUGUGUUCUUGGCUAUCGCCGUCGACAAUUUGGCCGAUGCGGACAGUCUGACAAACGCAGAGAAGGAGGAAGAACAGCAGGAAAUGGAAGGAGAAGAGGAGGAAUUCGAAGGCGAAGACGGAGAUAUCGAAGAGCCAGACGGAGAAGAGCCGGAAGGAGACGAGGAAGUGGUGACUGCGAGGCCGAGGAGGAUGAGCGAGGUGCCGGCGGGGAGUACGGUCAAACCCAUCCCGAAGGCAUCCUCUCUUUUCAUUCUCAGCCACACCAACUCUUUUCGGUAACAUUUUUGCAAAGCUCCCCACCCUAAUGAUAUCAUUUCAGUGUGUUCUGCAACAAAGUUGUCAACCAUUCCUACUUCACCAAUGCAGUCCUCUUCUGUAUUCUCGUGUCAUCUGCAAUGCUUGCUGCUGAAGAUCCGCUACAAGCAAACUCUACGAGAAACAUGGUUCUCAACUACUUUGACUACUUCUUCACGUCCGUUUUCACAGUGGAAAUCACUUUGAAAGUAAUCGUCUUCGGAUUGGUCUUCCACAAAGGAUCCUUCUGUCGAAACGCCUUCAAUCUGCUCGAUAUCCUUGUCGUCGCAGUCUCACUGACCUCCUUCGUCCUCCGAACCGACGCGAUGUCCGUCGUGAAGAUUCUUCGUGUGCUCCGUGUGCUCCGUCCGCUUCGUGCCAUCAACAGAGCAAAAGGACUGAAGCACGUGGUGCAAUGUGUGAUCGUGGCUGUGAAGACCAUCGGAAACAUCAUGUUGGUCACAUUCAUGCUCCAAUUCAUGUUCGCCAUUAUCGGAGUGCAGCUGUUCAAGGGAACAUUCUUCCUUUGUAACGAUCUUUCGAAGAUGACAGAGGCAGAAUGUCGAGGGGAAUACAUCCACUACGAAGAUGGAGAUCCGACGAAGCCAGUGUCAAAGAAGAGAGUCUGGUCGAACAACGACUUCAACUUUGACAACGUCGGAGAUGCCAUGGUUUCUCUGUUCGUCGUCUCAACUUUCGAAGGAUGGCCACAGCUUCUGUACGUGGCGAUUGACUCGAACGAGGAGGACAAGGGACCGGUGCACAACUCCCGACAGGCCGUCGCCCUUUUCUUCAUCGCCUUCAUCAUCGUCAUCGCCUUCUUCAUGAUGAACAUCUUCGUCGGUUUCGUUAUCGUCACAUUCCAAAACGAAGGAGAGCGAGAGUACGAAAACUGUGAAUUGGACAAGAAUCAGAGAAAGUGCAUCGAGUUCGCACUGAAGGCCAAGCCGCACAGAAGAUACAUCCCGACAAACAGACUGCAAUACAGAGUGUGGUGGUUUGUCACUUCGAGGGCUUUCGAAUACGUCAUCUUCUUGAUUAUCGUCAUGAAUACGGUGUCACUGGCUUGCAAACAUUACCCCAGUUCAAGAGGAUUCGAAGAUUUUCUCGACGUUUUCAACUUGAUAUUUACUGGAGUUUUCGCAUUCGAAGCAAUUCUCAAAAUAGUUGCAUUGAACCCGAAGAACUACAUUUCCGAUCGUUGGAACGUCUUCGAUCUUUUGGUCGUCGUCGGUUCAUUCAUCGAUAUCACUUACGGAAAACUGAAUCCAGGAGGGACCAAUCUCAUCUCCAUCAACUUCUUCCGUCUCUUCCGUGUGAUGCGUCUUGUGAAGCUGCUGUCUCGAGGAGAAGGAAUCCGAACUCUGCUGUGGACCUUCAUGAAAUCGUUCCAAGCACUCCCGUACGUCGCCCUUCUCAUCGUUCUGCUCUUCUUCAUCUACGCUGUAAUCGGAAUGCAAUUCUUCGGAAAAGUGGCACUGGACGACUCCACGUCAAUACACAGGAACAACAACUUCCAUUCGUUCCCGGCUGCCAUUCUGGUGCUCUUCAGGUCGGUUUCACGUUCAACUUUCUAUUCAUUAUCUAUCUAGAGUAAGAGAGACUUCACAACAACACGUGAUUGUGAGUUCACGUAGACUGUUCUCCCUAGAAUUAGCGCACAUUGGUUCAGUUAAACUACACAAUGAUCUGAUCUCCUUACCAAACAUGAAAUAUCUUCAGAUCAGCGACAGGAGAAGCGUGGCAAGACAUCAUGCUCUCGUGCUCGGACAGAGAAGACGUGCGUUGUGAUCCGAUGUCCGACGACUACAGCAAGGGCGGAUUCAACGAGUCACGAUGCGGAAACAACUUUGCGUACCCGUACUUCAUCUCCUUCUUUAUGCUCUGCUCCUUCCUCGUCAUCAAUCUGUUCGUCGCUGUCAUCAUGGAUAAUUUCGACUACCUGACGAGAGAUUGGUCAAUUCUGGGACCGCACCAUCUGGAAGAAUUCGUGAGAUUAUGGUCCGAAUACGAUCCGGAUGCGAAAGGAAGGAUCAAACAUCUCGACGUGGUCACACUUCUCCGAAAGAUAUCACCUCCGCUCGGAUUCGGAAAGCUGUGCCCGCAUCGGUUGGCCUGCAAACGACUGGUAUCCAUGAACAUGCCCCUGAAUUCGGACGGAACCGUCUGCUUCAAUGCCACUCUUUUUGCUCUCGUUCGUACGAAUCUCAAGAUCUACACAGGUUUGUUUUCAUUUUUCAAUCGACGAAACGAAACGAAACGUCUGGAGACCCGGCAGGGUUAAGAAAGAUUAGGAGUAAUCCUGGCUAAUGAGAAAAAAUGGGAUUAGAAAAGUAGAGCUCCGUUCGUAUUUCUGGUGUUUUUUGCAGAAGGAAACAUCGACGAGGCAAACGAGCAGUUGAGAUCGGCAAUAAAAAGAAUUUGGAAGAGAACGCACAAAGACCUUCUGGACGAGGUGGUCCCACCAGCUGGCAGUACGUGUUUUUUUGUUGAUAAAAGAGCGGAAAGCUUAGUGGUCGGUUCAAACCUGCGUGGGGGCGAGAGUUUUGCAUUAUUUUAGCAUAAUCCAAAUCAGCAAUCCCAUCCGCACAUUUAUGUUUGCAGAAGAAGAUGAUGUGACCGUCGGAAAGUUCUACGCCACCUUUCUCAUCCAGGAUUACUUCCGGCGCUUCAAGAAACGGAAAGAGCUGGAAGCGAAGGGUGUUGUCCCGACGCAAACGCCUCAAGCAAUGGCUCUUCAGGUGAGGGCUGGAAGAAAUGUGAUAUAGGGAGGGAAACGGGAAAAAUGAGAAGACGAAGGAGAAGGAGCAAGAGAAGAAGAGGUCUGCAACAUCCUUCAACUCCCCUCUCCCUCUCUUUCGUCGGAAAUUGGAAUGGAAGCACUCAUUUGAUGCUUCUUCUUCUCCAAUUUCUGCGGCCUUUUCGUACUUUGCGGUUUUCGUUUUUUUGAGAAUCUCCUUCAAACUUAAUUAAGUUUCGCCGCGAAAUCCCUUUUUUGGCGGGUACUCUUCGCCUUCAUGCUCCUCCGAAAUUCGGGCGUGGAAAAGACGGCGUCGGUGCGUCCGACUUCAUUCAUGAAUAGUGAAUGAGCCGUAGGAUGCUCCGCCCAUUCUCCCGUCUUUUGUUCAGGGAGCUUCCUCAUCCUCCUUCUUUUUCUUCUCCCACUUCUUCUUUCAUUAAUUCCUUUCACUUCCAGGCCGGACUCCGCACAUUGCACGAAAUUGGACCCGAACUGAAAAGAGCAAUCUCUGGAAACCUCGAAACAGAUUUCAACUUUGACGAGCCGGAGCCACAGCACAGAGUGAGUUAUGCGGGAACUGCGAGCUGUAUUGGGGGCUAAUUUGGAGCGGGAAUUUGCGACUGCUGGCGUGCACUUCCUGUUCCGCUUCUGUCCGAGUCCGUUUUCAAUUUAACUCCCACUGAGAAAGCAAGUUGUUGUGGAAACAGCUUCUGAAUCAACUAAAUACGGAGGCGACUAUUCCGGGAAGAGUGAAUCAGGAAAUGAUGCCACUGUCUUCGUCUUGUUGCGAAUUUCAUCAAUUUCAAGAUGUUGACAUUGUCCCCUUUAUGAAAAAAAAAAAGAUGAAAAGAGUCAUCUUAUUCUUUUUCUUCUAUCUUCUUUAUGCAAAGCCGGAAAUGUUCAGUCUGUUGUGAGCUCGCCAAAACAAGCAGACGAAUAAAUGAGAUUACGGUCCUUUGAUUAAUGCGAAUGGCUCUUCUCCAGUUUGACAAAAUACCAAUCCGCUCGUAAACUAAUUAGGUCUCUCCCCUCUUCCUUUCGUUCUUCAUUCUCCUCUUCAUUAUUUUGCAAGAGAUCCUCCCGGAAGGAUCCUUCUUUCUUCAGAAGAGAGUGAAAAAGCCGGAGAUUGGCUCGCGCGAAGUGAGUCUUUGCCCUUCUUUUCUCUUGCUCGACGGAUGCUUGAAGCGAUGUCGCAUUCAUUCAUGAGUGCUUCAGAAAAAGAAGUCCAUUCUUCUCCCGUUUUCGCUCGCUCAACCCCGACUUUCCAGAGACCGCACUCCCUUUUCAACAACUUGGUUCAUCGCCUGUCUGGUGCUCGAUCUCCGACAGAACACGAACGAAUCGAACGGGGAUCCACUCUUUUGCCUUUCCGUGAGUUUAUGAAUGCGGCUGUUCGAACACAAUCGCCCGUUUCUGUUCCAGAACCCCGCUCCUUCUCGCCCACGCACUCUCUCGCCGGCGCCGAAGGCUCCCCAGUUCCAUCCCAAAUGCAACGUUCUGCGCCCAUCAAUCAGUCAAUCAACCUGCCGCCAGUCAACGGAUCGGUGCGCCGAUUGCCCGCCCUGCCGCCGUACGCAAAUCAUAUCCAAGAUGAGACGGACGACGGCCCCAGGUACCGGGACACCGGCGACCGGCCAGGAUACGAUCAGUCCCACGGACGAAUGGUCAUCGCCAACAGAAAGUAAGAAGAUAGUUUAAAGGUUUGAAGGCUAACAUAAAACGUUUCAGUUUACCAGUAGAUCCAGAUGAUGAAGAAGAAUGGAUAAGAAGCGGAGGUCGGUCUAACCGAUCAGAACGACGGACGCUUCCGCCCAUCCGUGAGCCUAUGUUAGUGGCUCGAGGGGCAGCUCUGGCUCUUGCCGGAAUGUCCUCCGAGGCCUACGAGGGUACGUACAGGCCAGUGGGCGAGGGCUGUCAAGUCAGACUGCCCUUUUCCUCACGGCCUGUCCUCCGACCUGCCGAAGAUUCGCGACCUGCCGAUCGGCUGAUCGGACAGUCUCUCGGACUUGGAAGGUGAGCGAGUGGAAGCGUGAGAUUGUGCAUGGAUUGGUUGGUCGGACGGUGAUCUCUCUUCCCUCUUCUUACCCCAUUUUCCUUCCUUUCGUUUCUUUUUGGGAGUCUUUGCUGGGAGUGCUGCCGAUUCCCAGUACUUGGUAUUCGUUCUAGUUAGUCAGUUUCCACUUUUUCUUUUCCGCAUGGCUUUGCCCUUCUCAACAAUCACUUCCCCUGAUUUACCCCUCUUUCCACUAAUGUCAAUGUUCAACAACGAAACCGAUUUUUUAACCAGAAAAGUGGCUGACUGCUAACCAGAAACGGGUGUGUGUCUCGGGAGGCUCAUUCCGUUCAAGUUCCUCUUCAUCCUCCUCCUCGUUCCCCUUCUAUCUAUACUAACCAACCUUGAAAGAGGUUCUCGCACUUCUACAGUACUGGGAAACAUUCGCAUUCAUUCAGGUAUACUGACGCCCGUGUCGUUGGCGCUGCUCGCCGAGAGCUCGAGGAGGUCUAUUCGCUGGGCGAUCAGGAGAUUGACGUGGCCGCCAACUCACUGGCUCCUCUCAUGCAGCACGUAGGAAUGCACGACAUCCGAGACAUCAACGAGAACUCGCGGAGUGCGCUGCUCCGUCACGCAGACAGUUCCGGCAAUCAACGAGAUUCGCGCGGAGGAUCCCAAGAAGACCUACUCCUCGUUACAACACUCUGA